ACAAGAAGAGGCGGGAAACUUGUGGCUAUUAUACCGGGGGAGAACGGGAAGGGGCAGGAGGGGGCAGCCUCAGACUGCUGCGCGUUAUACUGGGCACAGGAGACCACUCCAGAAAAGAAGCGGCUAGGACAGAAGGGGGGCGUGAUUGGCCCGAAAAGAAGGCGUGGCCUAAGAGUAAGGUUUCUAUGUAAAUACGGGCGUGGCUACAGAAGGUUCGCCGGGGGAAAGAGGCGUGGCUAUGUAAGGCAGGGCUGGGAAUCGCGGGAUUCAUACUAAUUAGAGGCGUGGUUAUCCCAGGGAUCCAGGCGUGGUUAGAGGCGUGGCUGUCAGAACUGUGGUACCAAUUUGGAGGCGUGGCCUGGCUUGUAGGUUUCGCUUGUUAUUUGUAGAUAUGGGCGAGGCUAACUGGGAAGGGGCGUGGUUCUAUUGGAAUGUUGGCCUGGGAUAAUAUGCCAAUGAGGGGCGCGGCCAGAGCGGGAUGGAGGCGUGGCUGUGUCCAGGGCUGAACUUGGUAGAGAGGAGUGGUGACACUGGGAGGUGCACCCAGCAGCCACUGCCCUACUGUGGGGAUCACGGACUCAUGGAGCUGCGGCUGCUACCGCUGGGGAUGCGUCCCGGGCACGUUUACUAGCUGCUGUCAUCUGAGCGGCCGCCGUGUGUGUAUGUGGCGCUGGAGUUCCUGCCUUUGUUGUCAGCGCAGUGUGCCCGGUGCACUCUCCUGUGCAUGGUGGAUCGGCUUUUGUUGCGGAGCUGGGCUGAGUGUGAGUGGCUGUGUGUAGUUGGGCACCACAGUGCGGAUAGAGGUGUGUGCCCCCCUCCUGUGAGCUCCCCCUCUGGUCACUCCUCUUCAUCAUCAUCAUCAUCAUCAUCAUCAUCAUGCCGGAUUUAAUCAGUGUGUCGGAAUUAAUAUCUGAGACCAAUGAGGAUUACAAGUCUCCCACCGCUUCUAACUUCACCACCAGGCUGACCCAGUGCAGGAACACAGUGGCAGCCAUUGAGGAGGCCCUGGAUGUCGACCGCACGAUUCUCUACAAGAUGAAGAAGUCCGUAAAAGCCAUUAACACGUCUGGGCUGGCCCACGUAGAGAAUGAAGAGCAGUAUACCCAAGCACUGGAAAAAUUUGGAAGUAGCUGUGUCUGUAGAGAUGACCCAGAUUUAGGAACUGCCUUCCUAAAAUUCUCCGUCUUCACCAAGGAACUCACUGCACUUUUUAAGAAUCUGGUUCAGAAUAUGAACAACAUUAUAACAUUCCCACUGGAUAGUUUACUGAAAGGAGAUUUAAAAGGAGUUAAAGGGGACUUGAAGAAGCCUUUCGAUAAAGCCUGGAAAGACUAUGAAACGAAAGUAACUAAAAUAGAAAAAGAAAAGAAGGAACAUGCAAGGUUACACGGGAUGAUUCGUACAGAGAUCAGCGGUGCUGAAAUAGCGGAGGAGAUGGAAAAAGAGCGAAGAUUCUUUCAGCUGCAGAUGUGUGAGUACCUGCUGAAAGUCAAUGAAAUCAAGAUCAAGAAAGGAGUGGACCUGCUGCAGAAUUUAAUAAAGUACUUCCAUGCCCAGUGCAACUUUUUCCAAGAUGGCCUGAAAGCUGUCGAAAGCCUCAAGCCUUCCAUUGAGAAGCUGUCUACAGAUCUGCACACGAUGAAACAAGUGCAGGAUGAAGAAAGAAAACAACUGAGCCAGCUGAAAGACAUCUUGAAGACUGCGCUGCAAGUGGAGCAGAAGGAGGAUUCCCAGUUCCGCCAGAGCACUGCAUACAGUCUGCACCAGCCUCAAGGAAACAAGGAGCAUGGCACUGAGAGGAACGGCUACCUCUACAAGAAGAGUGACGGAAUAAGGAAGGUUUGGCAGAAGAGGAAAUGCUCUGUCCGAAAUGGUUUUCUCACAAUAGCCCAUGGCACAGCCAACUUACCUCCUGCAAAACUGAACCUACUGACCUGUCAAGUGAAAACGAACACAGAGGAGAAGAAAUCUUUUGACCUCAUCUCUCAUGAUCGGACAUAUCAUUUUCAAGCUGAAGAUGAACAAGAGUGCCAAAUUUGGAUGUCUGUGCUCCAGAACAGCAAAGAAGAAGCCUUAAACAAUGCAUUCAAAGGAGACCACUGCACUGGGGAGAACAACAUCGUACAGGAGCUGACCAAGGAGAUUAUAUCUGACAUCCAGAAAAUGCCUGGAAAUGAUAUCUGCUGUGACUGCGGAGCGUCAGAUCCUACUUGGCUUUCUACAAACCUUGGUAUACUGACGUGUAUUGAGUGCUCAGGGAUUCACCGGGAGUUGGGGGUACAUUACUCCAGAAUACAGUCACUCACACUGGACGUCCUGGGAACAUCCGAACUGUUGCUUGCAAAAAAUAUAGGAAAUACCACAUUUAAUGAGAUAAUGGAAGCCUGCCUGCCUGCUGAUGAUACUGUGAAGCCUGCGGCCAGCAGUGACAUGAAUGCCAGGAAAGAUUACAUUACGGCAAAGUAUAUUGAAAAAAGGUAUGCAAGGAAGAAGUACGUAGACAACGCAUCUAAAAUGCACUGCCUAUGUGAUGCCGUCAAGACCAGGGACAUAUAUGCACUGGUACAACUGCACGCAGAUGGAAUAGACCUUACGGAAACCAUUCCAUUAGCAAACGGGCAUGAACAAGGAGAAACCGCGCUGCAUCUUGCUGUCAGAUCAGUCGACCGCACCUCACUGCACAUAGUUGAUUUCCUGGUGCAAAAUAGUGGUAAUCUGGACAAACAGACUGUGAAAGGCAGCACCGCACUUCACUACUGCUGCUUGACCGACAACGCCGAGUGCCUUAAACUACUGCUGAGAGGGAAGGCCUCCAUAGAGAUAGCCAAUGAAGCUGGAGAAACUCCUCUGGACAUAGCGAAGAGACUAAAACACACACAGUGCGAGGAUCUGUUGAUUCAGGCUUUAUCUGGACGCUUCAAUUCUCAUGUCCAUGUGGAAUAUGAAUGGAGGCUGCAUCAUGCGGACCUGGAUGAAAGCGACGAUGAUGUGGAUGAUAAAAUUCAGCAGCCAAGUCCCAACCGCCGGGAGGAUAGACCGCUCAGUUUUUACCCACCUGGACCAAAUUCAAUGCAGCCCAGUGUCGCCUCACUUGCCAGAGAUGCAGCAAACAUUGCCAAGGACAAACAGAGAAGCUUCCUGCCAAAUAUCAUCCAGAAUGAAACGUACGGUGCGGUCCUCAAUAACAACAGCUCCCCUGGCAGCACCGCUGGUACGGCUCCCGCUCCUCCUUUACCCCCAAGGAACGUUGCAAAAGUACAGUCGACCAUUUUUGGCGGUAGUAUACACAACACCCCUUCAAAUACCCCAGCGUGGAAAACUCAUGCACUGGGACACGAGAGUGGCAGCAGACAGAGGUCGUCAUCUGACCCGCCAGCUAUUCAUCCCCCCGUGCCACCAAUGCGUGUCACCUCUACCGCCACAAACCCCCCUCCACCCCCUGUGGCAAAAACCCCCAGUGUUAUAGAAGCCUUGAGCCAGCACUCCAAACCGAUCCAGCCACCGCCAAUACCUCAGAACAAACCUGCACCCCCUCCAGUCCCGCCACAGCCUCCCAAUAGGUUGCAGCAAAAAAAGUUGGUUCCGGGGGCCGAGAAACCGGCUCCACCCGCUAAGAUCCCGUCUGCAGCCGCAACAUCCUUGUCGAUUCCUGCUGCAGGAGAUGCAUUACCUGAUGCGCCUUCUCAUCCUGGACCUAAGCCUGGUACCACAGUGCCUGUACAGCCGCCUGCUCCAAUGCCACGCAAAUCACAACUGGUGAAGUUGAAGCCGAAGAGGGUGAAAGCAAUAUAUAACUGCUCAGCUGACAACCCGGAUGAGCUGACGUUUACAGAGGGAGAGAUCAUUGUGGUGGACGGAGAAGAGGACCAUGAGUGGUGGAUUGGACAUGUAGAAGGUGAGCCGUCCCGGAGAGGAGCCUUCCCCGUGUCUUUCGUGCACUUCUUUGCUGACUAAGCAAUCCCGUCGAGCGGUGUAUCUGUGCCCAGCCCAAGGCCUUCCCGGAGGAGCCAGCGCCAGGCAUAUACCGUGACACCAGAGCCCUGUGACCAGCGUCCACCCGCUAACACUCCUAUGCACUGACUUACGCUGGGACUCUCCCAUCCAAUGUAUAUAUAUAUUUUGUUCCUUUUAAGGGAAAUAUGUUGCCAAUCGGAUGUAGAUAUUCCUGUUAAACACUAGAGAUUUCUUGCAGUCUUCUCCUUCUUGUAAUCUGUAUCUUUUGUACCAUCUUAGCUUUAUAUGACCAGUGGUUUAUAAAAGCUGUCUGUACCCCUAGAUCUUCUCCUUGUUACAGAGGAAGCCGAAUUACAUUGCAGGGCAAUGCACUCCAGACUCACCUGCAGCUAAAUGGUUAUUGACUCAUAGGAAUCCAUGUUGUUUUUCUACAUACUGUAAUAACUACUUUUUUAUGGAACUAAUCGUUUAGCUCUGUGUGAUUUGCUAAUAAAUAACCAGACCAAUCCAAUAAAUCUCUAUACUGCCUACCUGAAA